GAGAGUGAUCCCAGAAUGAGUGCCAAACCGAAGACCUCAGCUGGAAUCAUCUGGGCUCCUUUUUCAAAAGGACAGGCACGGGAAGGAACGGAAGAAGGGCCGGCAGUGGUGAAGGAAGCUGGCCUGAUUGAUAAACUAACAGCCCAAGGGUGUGAUGUUAAAGAUUAUGGCGCCUUGCAGUUUGAUGACAUUCCCGAUGACAGACCAUGUCAUAAUGCAAAAAAUCCCAGAAGUGUUGGGAGAGCAAACGAGAAGCUAGCCAGCGUUGUGGCAGAAGUGAAGAAGAGUGGAAGAACCUGUUUGGUAGUUGGCGGGGAUCACAGCUUGGCAAUUGGAAGCAUAUCUGGCCAUGCAAAGAUUCACCCUGAUCUUGGUGUAAUUUGGUUUGACGCCCACACUGAUAUUAACACUCCAUUGACAUCAUUAUCUGGGAACAUGCAUGGGCAGCCUGUGGCUUUCCUUCUGAAGGAACUGAAGGACAAGAUGCCUGAUGUUCCAGGAUUCUCGUGGAUAACCCCGUGCCUGUCUGCUGAAGACAUUGUGUAUAUUGGACUAAGAGAUGUGGACAAUGCUGAACACUGUAUUCUGAAAUCUCUGGGUAUUAAAUACUAUUCGAUGACUGAAAUAGAUCAACUUGGGAUUCGGAAGGUGAUGGAAGAAACACUUUGUUAUUUGCUGGCCAAUAAGAAGAGACCAAUUCACCUAAGUUUUGAUGUUGAUGGCUUGGAUCCCUCUCUGGCACCAGCUACAGGCACCCCAGUUCCUGGAGGAGUGACUUUGAGAGAGGGUAUCUAUGUAGUAGAAGAACUUUAUAGAACAGGGUUGCUAUCAGCAGUAGAUAUAAUGGAGAUCAAUCCGGCUCUUGGGAAGACACAAGAAGAAGUUAACACAACGGUCAACACAGCUGUUUCAAUUAUCUUAUCCUGUUUUGGUAAAGAACGUGAAGGUUCUCAUAGUUCCAGUUACCGUAUACCCAAGCCACAAAAAUCCAUCUGA